AUGCAGCAGCCGAAGCGCAUUUGCCGCGCCGUCGUCGUCGGCGCCGGGCCGGCCGGCCUCCUCGCUGCAAUCAACCUGCUCCGGCGCAGCAGUGACGAGGUCGAGUACCACGUCACUCUCGUCGAGACGGGUGAGGAUUACGGCGUGCUCGACGCGGCCGGGCUCGAGAAGAAGCGCUCGUGGAUGAUUGGCCUCAGCACGCACGGCCUCACCGCCCUCCGGGCGGUACCGGGCCUGUAUGAGGACUACGUCUCCCAGGUUGGCGUGCCCAUCGAGUCCACCGCAAUCUACCUCGGCAAGACGAUGAUCGAGGCAGGCGCCGAGGACGUCGGCGAGAACUACGUCGUCGACCGCAACUUCAUCGUCGCCGCCCUCGCGCGCUACUUGAACGACAACUUCCGCCGCUCAGGCCGCCUCACGCUUCGCUACCAGAGCAAGGUCCUCUUCGUUGACCCGGACGAGAAGCGGAUCUUUGAGGAGUACCUGCCGUAUGACCUGCUCAUCGGUGCGGACGGCGUCCGCUCCGCUGUCCGCGCGGCGCUCGUCGCAAACGAGCGCGCCUUCGAGUGCUCCGUCGCCGACAUCUUCACCAACUUCAAGUCGCUGCACCUGCACCUGCCGGCCGCGGUGGCGGAGAAGAAGGUGGUCGUGCUGCCGCAGUGCCUCAAGGGCAUCAACGGCGCUUGCCGCAGCGCGAGGCGGCGCCCUCCUUUAGGCAUCGGGCUGCCCGAGACGGGCGGCAAGAUCAACCUCGCCUUUGGCUACAUGCUCGACACGCCGUGCGACGAGGCGCUGCACUCGCAGGACGCCUCCGACGCCGAGGUCGUCGCGGCCUACUUCAAGGCCCCCUUCAAGCCCUUCGAGCUCGACUGGGCCGAGGUGGCGAGGGUGUGGGUCGGCCAGCCCUGGUCCCAGACGGGCCAAGUCCACUGCUCCUUCUACCACUCCCUCAAGCUGCAGCUUCUCAUCCUCGGCGACGCGGCGCACGCCACCUCCCCCUCCAUCGGUCCGCCAAGGAGCAUCGCCCUCCCCCGCCGCUCCCACGCGGUGCUGCCCGCCUUCUCGGAGGAGCGCGUCAAGGAGGGCAACGCGCUGACCGAGGUCGCCUUCCACGCGUAUUCGAUGUCGCCGCACCAGCAGCUCCUCGUCACGCUCUCGCAGCUGCUGCGCGGCGCGCUCUCCAAGCGCGUCCCCUUCGGCUUGGUUGCACCCGACCCCCUCACAGAGGUCGGCAAGGGUGCGAAGCUCUCGCACGCGUACGAUGAACUGACCCGCAUCGGCCGGCUGCCGGCGGUCCGCGCCGUCAACGAGGCGGCUCGCCGCCGCCACUUUGAGCUGCGCACCGGGAUGGCGCUUGGCGGCGGCUUCGUCUGCAUCAUCACCCAGUUCCUGCACGCCCUCGCCGCCGAGCCCGCCGGGGUCCUCCCUUGGGGCCUCACCAUCGGCCUCCCGCUCCCCGCCACGGGGCUCUUGAACCCGGAAUCCCGCCCCGGCGGCCCAAAAGGCCUCGUCCGCUACCCGACGGCCCUCGGCCUGCUCGGGCAACUGCUGGGCAUUUCCCUCGUCUUCCCCGCGCUUUGGCUGCCAACCCCGGCCUUUUGCAAGGGGAGGGGGGCCGUUCGGGCCGCGUGCGGGUACCCGUCAAUUGGGCUUCCCGCGGCCUUUCUCUCCCUCUCGGGGGGCGGGGCUCUUCGGCCAAACUCGCCCACGAGACGGCCCCGGGCGCUCUCGCGGGCCUACGCGGCGGCGGCGGCGCUGGCCUUUGUGGGCUACACCGCCAACCUCUGCCUCGCCGGCCUCGCGUUUGGCUCUCCCCGCGCCGCGGUGGGGGCGCUGUGGGCCGAGGCGCCGCCCGCCGUCGCCUUCAUGUCGAUCGACGCCGGCGUGCUCUUCCUCGGGCGAGCCGCUCCGCCCCUCUCCUUCGGCCGGGAUGCGCUCCGAGAUGCGGCGGGAGUGAGGCGAGACGGCCCGGGGUGUAGGCUGCUGCUCCACCUCGCGUCGACGUCGCCGGCCGAGGCGCUCGCUGCGCUCCUCGCGAGCCCGCUGGUCGGGCCGGGGGCGGCGUGCGCGCUAAUGCUCUCCCGGCGCGAGGCGCGGCUGGGCGAGGCGGCGGCUGGCGAGGCGGCCGGCGCCGGCGAGACCAAGAAGCUGGCGUGA